UUUAUAUAUGCCUCUACCGUGUCUCUGGAACUCUUCCUGACAUACCUUUUUCUGGUACUUUCCGGGGGGAGUACUCAAUUCGGAGGAUCCUGGGAAACACUGCAGAGCCGUGCAACAUCCGCAUCGCCAUCGUCCGUCAAGGACCCCUCAGAGCAACUGCUGGCUAGCGAGAUCGCCGAGAUUUCACAUCCUACCACUGAUGAUUGCUAGCCUUGAACAAGGACCUGCCGGCCAGGGCCUAGUAGUGUCUUUAGCAGGGCCCUCUUAGAACCAAGGAGUAGUGUCAACAGUACCAAGGAAGCUGCGUGCCGCUGUGGUUUUUGAGUCGACUAAAAAAUCACCUGCCGGCGAGGGCCCAGCAGUGUCUCCAGAAGGGCCGCCUUAGAACAGAGCCGGAAGCUGCGUGUCGCUGUGAUGAGAGCCCUUGAGGUGACUGAAGCCGUGUGACGGUGCAGUGACUGCCUAAGUAGCGUCGCCUCCGCCUCCUCAAGUGCGAGCAGUCACUCUCUCUUUCAAGUCCAAACUAAGCCCCCCCGGGAAAUCAGCGAAUUGCGUGCGUUCCUCUCAACAGUUACAACCUCUUCACGUUUUCGACUGGUGAAUCCAGCUGAAUUUGGCAGUAUUUCGUCCGCGAUAUGCGUGGACUCAUUAUCAGUGCCCCGCUACUUGCAGCAGAUACAAGCGUUCGCCAGCCGCUCUCUUGGUCUCCUUCCAAAACUCCCCCACAAUAACUAUUUUAUCGGAAAACCGGACUCGUUAAGCGGCGGAUUAUAACGGGUCCGGCAUGGGCAGUAUCGUGAACAUCCCCGGCAUCACGAGCAGCGGCAGCACGGCGGCGUUGUUCCACCUCAUCCUCCCGCAACGCUACGUCAUCGUGCUGCUCACGCUAGUGUGCUCCGCCGUGUGCUAUAUCGAACGCGUGGGCUUCUCUAUCGCGUACACCGCCAUCGCGAUCCGGGAAGGCGUGGAUCAGGCGACGAAAGGAUGGGUCAUGUCGGCCUUUUACUACGGAUAUGCCUCCUCGCAGGUUCCCGGCAGUUGGGCGUCCCAAAAGUAUGGCGGUAGACGCGUCCUCACGUACUCGUUUGUAGCCUGGUCCGUUUUAUGCGUCCUCACGCCCACCGAGUCACCCCCUGACAGUACAGGCAGCGGCCCCAAUACAGUCACGCUCGUUGUAAUCCGCCUGCUAGUAGGCAUCGCACAGGGAUUCAUUUUCCCCGCGAUACACACUGUUCUAGCUCAAUGGACGCCUCCCCAUGAGAAAUCGCGCGCGGUUAGUUUAUCAAUGUCCGGAAUGUACCUAGGAGCCGGCAUAGCUAUGCAGAUCUUACCCGGAUUAGUAGCCUCUAGAGGCCCCGAGUCGGUGUUCCAGUUAGUAGCCGCUAUGGGCGUCGCGUGGACUAUUCUAUGGGUUAAGUACGCAUCAGACCCCCCGGGGGGGCCUACGGCGUUUGCUCAUGUGCCGGUAGGGGGGGGCAUGGGGGGGCACAAGGGGAGCGAGGGGGAGCUGCUUCCGCUGGUGAAUGGGGAGGACGACAGGGGGAGGGGAGGGGGGACAGGGUUGGAGACAGAAGUAGUGCACAGAAUAGGAGGAGGAACAGGGGGGGGAGGCAGUGUGGGAAAUGGCGGAGGGGCAGGAGGCGGAGGCGGAGGGGGAGGGGGAGUGAGGGGAGGGGAAGCUGGGAAGGCUGGGGGAGUGGGCGGAGCAAGCAUGGGGGGAAUUAAAUCCCCAUCAAGUGCAGUUUCAGCGUCGGGUUCAGGGGGAAUGGGGGGAAGAGAGGAGGAGCUUCAGCGGCUAAAGAGACUGGGAGAGGAGUUCACCUCAACGCCUAAACACCUCAAGACGUCCUACAAGCCAUCCAUGGCUAAAGACCCUCCUAUUCCCUGGGUACCGAUCCUCAUGAGCGCGCCGGUGUGGGCCAUAGUAGCCAAUAACUUCACCUUCCACUACGCGCUAUAUGUUCUUAUGAACUGGCUCCCUACUUACUUCCACCAAGCCCUAAACACCAGCCUGCACAACGUAGGGUCCGGUAAAGCCAUGCCAUACUAUAUCAUGACUCUGUUUUCCAAUAUCGGGGGUGUACUCGCCGAUCACUUAAUCGCAAAACGGUACCUGACUGUAGGGGGUACAAGAAAGGUCCUCAACACUAUAGGCUUCUUUGCCUCAGCAGUCGCCCUAGCCCUAACCCCCGUCCUUAAAUCCGUCAACGGCGCAGUGCUCUGCUCGUCUCUAACCCUAGGCGCGUGUGCGAUUGCCCGAGCAGGGUUUGCAGUCAACCACAUGGAUAUAGCGCCUCGGUUCGCAGGGGUGGUGAUGGGUGUAUCGAACACUGCUGGCACCAUGGCAGGGGUGGUUGGGGUGGCAGCUUCUGGGCUGAUUCUCGAGGCGAGGAGGAGGGGAGGGGGGAUUGACCCUGGGUGGUGGUGGGUGUUCUUCACACCGGCUUCCCUCUGUGUGGUCAGUGCGUUGAUCUUCGAUGCCUUCGCCACGGGGGAGAGGGUGUUUGAGUAACUUGCUGGUAACAAGGGAGAAGGCCAGCUGCAGUGUGAAGGAGGGUUUGAUCGCCAGUGCCUUUGCCACGGGGGAGGGGGCGUUUGAGUGAUGCUGUGGGCUCUUGGCCAUCCUACUGAUGCUCGAGUCGACUCGGGUGGCGUGCGGCUACUCUCUGUGUGCUCAGCUGCUGUCUCCUCUGCUGCUGCCUGCUUGGCUGCUGUGGCGUUACCAUCUUAAAGGGUCAACUCAGAGUCGGCUCGCUUCUGAAGUCUGGCCACAACACCUCUCUGCAAUGCUUGCCGUGCUGCGAGUCCCACCUGCUGAGUUUCUCAGACUCACCUCACCACCAAGACACCCCCGAGCUUCAAAGGGUGGUGGAUAAUGCAGUGAAAAGGGGGGGGGGAGUGGGGUGGGCGAACCUGGUGGGACAGGUAGAGGACUCUUCUGCUGGUGAAGGGCGGGUUCAAGAGCAGCACUCAGCAACUGCAGCCAGAGAACCAGCAGCAGCAGUGGCAGAAGCAAAAGGUAGCAGCCUGCGGCAAAUUUUGUCAGAAGUAGCAGCGGCAGUGGCUGGCAGCAGGGCUGACAGCCACCGAACCGACGUGAUGAGGCCUAACUAUCCCUCUUAGUGUUUCUAACAUAGCCUGUAACGUGUGGCCUGUAAAGUGGCCUGUAACAAGACCUAUCAUAGAGAUUCAUCAUUACUUCUGCUGGUGCUGAAUGUUGCGAGCCCAGUAUACCCUAUAACAUGGCAGUGCACAUGUGUACACCUCUUAGUACCCAAUAUGCGAACUAUAAAC